CUAAAAAUAAGCGAUCCGAACCGAAUUAAUCGAACAGACUGUACGGGCGAGGUAGCGGAGAUCUCGUGAAAUGAAUCCCUCGACAGCCGCGGCUUCUAGUUCCUCCUCUUCCUCUUCCUCUUCCUCUUGGUUUUCUGGCAUAGUCCGUGGCCGCUCCACAAAAGUGGCCACCUCUAGCGCUGGGGGUGUUGCGGCCCCUUUUGCCGGUGAUGCUUCCGGCACCGGCCAUCGCAAAAACCAGCUCCCAGGCGUUCUCUUCAAGUACGGUCCCAAGUCUGUCCAGGUGGCUUUUAGAACAGGCGAUUUCAACCAACAGGUCAUUUUUCUUGGUGGAUUAACAGAUGGAUUUUUGGCAACAGAAUAUGUAGAGCCUUUAGCGGUUGCAUUGGAGAAUGAAAACUGGUCCUUAGUUCAACCAUUGCUGUCCUCUUCAUAUAUUGGAUAUGGAACAUCUACAUUGGAACUGGACGCCUUGGAGCUAAACCAACUUAUUGGCUAUUUAAUAAACAAGGAGAAUUCUGAAGGUGUUGUGUUGCUUGGGCACAGUACUGGUUGCCAGGAUAUUGUACAUUAUAUGCGAACAAAUUUUACAUUCUCGAGAGCAGUUCGUGGAGUCAUUUUGCAGGCUCCAGUAAGUGACCGGGAAUAUCGUGCAAUGCUUCCUGAAACUGCUGAAAUGAUAGACUUAGCUCUAAGCAUGAUGAAUGAAGGCAGGGCGCUGGAGUUAAUGCCUCGACAAGCAAAUCCAGAUGCGCCAAUUACAGCCUACAGGUACCAUUCUCUUUGUGCAUACAUGGGCGAUGAUGACAUGUUCAGUUCAGAUCUUAGCGAAGAUCAACUUAGGACAAUACUUGGUCAUAUGUCAAAUACACCAUGCCAGGUAAUAUUUUCUAUGGCUGAUGAGUAUGUUCCAGAAUAUGUCGAUAAGAAAACACUGGUGGAAAGACUUUGCAGAGCCAUGGGUGGUGCAGAGAAAGUUGAAAUAGAGCAUGGAAACCAUUCCCUCUCCAAUAGGGUUCAAGAAGCAGUGCAGGCUAUCCUGGAUUUUGUCAAGAGGGAGGGACCUAAAGGUUGGGAUGACCCUUGGCAUUAGCUUCUAAUUGCUCUUAUCGAUUAAGUUUAUGCUUAAUUUUCUUGACUUUGUUUCAGAAAUUCAUCAAUUCUUCCUUCCUUUCUGUUUCCAUUCUUUUAACUGGUUACAGUGUAGAGCUUGUAAAUGUUAUAACGUUUUAUUGAACUAGUGCAUUUGACUGUUCAGAGUGAUAAAUUCGGCCUUUCCUAUACAUGGGGAGCCUAAUUAUAUAUAUUUCUAGAUUCCAAUCUC